GAUUUUAACAAAUGAAAUUAUUUGUGGUGCGUUUUCAGUUUAAUUUUCAAAAUGCUGUUUAAAACAGUGGAUAUAAAUGGAGAGCAGCAUUUAUUAACCUGCUUUGAAGAGGGCGAUGAUGGAGAUUUAACUUUUUAUAUUCUCAAUUCCCGUAAGAACGUGGGUUACACAGAGACUAUGCCGAAAAAUGCUUUUCAGCUGCGUUUAAAGAUGCUCAAUCCACGCGUCAAGUUUCCAGAGGAUGCAGUGCGUCGUGUUUUGGUUGAAACAGAUCCUUUGCAUGCCGAACUCGUCGGGAGCACACUCUCCCUGAAAUAUACCAUGGCUAAUACUACAGUACCUCUUAAAUGGAACUGGCACUUGAUUUCCCUAAACAGUGCACAGUUCUAUCGCCAGAUAUGCAUCCACUCCAUGGCCACGGCUGGAGUAUUGCAGGAUCAGGUUCUCACUCUGAUAGAGGUCCUAAGAUCCAAGGACAAUGAGCUGAAACAGUAUCGCAUCGAGGGAUGCAAGCUGCGCAGGGUGACCGCAGUGACAAAGCCGUUCAAUAUCGAGGCUUUUAUGGAAGAACACCAGAAAUUGCUGGAUGAUGCCCGUGCUUACCAAAAAGUGAAGGACAUUUUUGCAUUGGAAAUACCCGCGAAUCCGUCGUCUGCCUUUUCUUCACCCAUGCUGGAGGAAGCCAAAGUCAAGACUCCAUCAACUGGCUCCAUGGAAACAUUCAGCUCAAAGUUGAGUCCACGCAAUAGAAAGCGCAAGGCCCUGGAAAGCAAUACCAAUCAUAUGGAGCGCAAGGUAAUGCAGCGUCGAUCUAAGCCGCAAAUCGAAUACAAAAACUCACAGAGUUCGCAGGAGACAAAUGUAGAUGAUUGGCUAACAGAGAGCAAGCCAAAUGUUAAGGAGCAAACUAUAGAAGAUAGGCCCUCAACAUCAGCCAGCAUUAGCCAAGAAAGUGUUGCAAAACUUUCCAAAAUAAAUGCAACCGUGGGAACUGCGCAAAUUAAAUCAGAACCCGUCCAGGAAAUUGGAUCUAGCAAAAAUUAUUACUCUUCUUCAGACGAAGAUUUGGGGGAACCUGAAAGAUCUUCAGAUACUGUAGAAAUUAUCCCACAAAAACCGGCAUCAGUUCAGGAAAUACUUGAUUCUCCAGCACUAUCUAUUGAACAAACGGAAAACCCAGAUUCCCAGACAGAAAACGGGGUCCCCAAAACCGGACUAAGUGAGCUGGACGAAAUUAAAGCCAUACUUAAUCGCGCAACAGCCAUUACCAAAAAAGUAAUUGAGAAGCAUGGAGUUAACAAAUAAGAGAAGUACGGAAAUACUCUCACUCUAAAUGGUGCUGCAAGUCGAUUUUAUGCUCUGCACCAUAUCUUUUUUGUUUUUGUUACUGAUACAAUCGAACUCUAUAAAUCCCCAAUGAUAAGGGAUACAAUUCGAUAUUAAAUAUCUAAUAAAUUAUAAUUUCAUUUGAUUAUUAACAGGAAAUAUCUAGUUCCGUUGUCACUCGAUCAAAUAUGUUUACUUUAACAUAUUUGAUUGACUGUUUUCAUUUUGUGGAUUUGAAUGAGAAGGAUUAUAAAAGAAUCUACCAUUAUAUAUAUAGGCUAAAUCCCCUGUACAUAUAUAGAAUUCUUAUCUCACACCAUACCAUAUUGAACGAUAUCUAGUUAUUCCUGUUUAAUGGUGGGAAAAAUCCGAGCUACUUAUCAGCCGAUUAGUCACGGUUUUGUGUGGGAGCGCCACUCCGCGAUUCAUGCUUAUUAUUAUUCACUUUUCACAAGUGGUUUUGGUUUGU